AUGAAGACCCCCGUGAUGAGCCGUGGCUUUGCCUUGCUCUGCCUCAUUGCCUGUUUGGUUUUUUCGGAAGCUCAGCAUGAGCCAGGCCACUGUUUGUUCUAUGAAGAGUGUGGCCGCAACCCAUCAGUGAAUGGCAGUUUGAUUCCACCCAUCAUACCCUGUGUGAACUACAGUAAAGCCAGGGCUCUGGAAGGUGCACACUACCAGGCACUGAAGAGGGUGUGCCCCAUGCUGGACAGAGGGGAAGGCAACACGUUUGCCUGCUGCUCAAUGAAGCAGAUCACGUCUCUGGAGAGCAGCCUGACCCUCUCCAAGGCUUUGCUGAUCCGAUGCCCGUCCUGUGCCGACAACUUCGCCCACCUGCACUGUAUCAACACGUGCAGCCCCAACCAGAGCCAGACGGUCAACAUCACUCACACCAUAAACACCACGGUGGACGGCCAGGUGAAGGAGGCCGUUGUGGCUUACCAGGCGUACAUAUCUGCCAGUUUCGCAGACGCCUCGUUCAACUCCUGCAAGAACGUGCGCAUCCCUGCUACCGGGGGCUUUGCUAUUGCGACUAUGUGCGGCCGCUAUGGCGCCACGCUAUGCACCCCCAAGCGUUGGUAUGACUUCCAGGGUGACUCCAGCAACGGCCUGGCCCCACUGGAUAUCGAUUUCCGCCUCAUCCCAGAAGGAGGCCCUGUCCCUCCAGGUAUUGUGCCUUACGAUGGCCGGGUGCUGAGGUGCAACGAGACCACGGACGCCGGUGGGGAGGCAUGCUCCUGUCAGGACUGUGUGGAGUCCUGCCCCCAAGUCCCUGCCCCAGAUCCCCCAGCAAAGCCCUUCAUGAUUGGGCAGCUGGACGGCGUGUUGGUGGUGUGUCUGGUCAGCUUCUUGGCACUCAGCCUCUUUUUCCUGGGCUUUUUGCUGCUGAGGAGCCUCCUGCAGGGCCGUGAUCAGAAUGUGGGCAAAGGCAAGGACAACAAUGGCAACGACGUUGACCAGACCGUCGACCCCAACGACGUGAGGUGCACGGACACAGCCAGCCUUGCCACACAGGCUUUCCUGGGCUCUCUGUUUCAGAGGUGGGGCACCCUGAUGGCCAGGCACCCCUUCAAGGUGCUGCUAGCCUCGCUGGUGGUGGUGUUGAUAUUCUCUGUGGGCCUGAUGUACAUUGAACUGACGACUGACCCCGUGCAGCUGUGGUCUGCCCCCAACAGCCGCGCGCGCAAGGAGAAGGACUUUCACGACAAGUACUUCGACCCAUUCUUCCGUACAAACCAGCUGAUCCUGACUGCGCCUGGUCGCCCAAGUCACUCCUAUGACUCACUGCUUUUUGGGAAGCAGAACUUCAGUGGCAUUAUCUCCAAAGACCUUAUCAUUCAGGUACUGGAGCUGCAGAAGAGGAUACAGGCUAUUGAGUUUUGGUCAGAUGACCUGAAUCGCACAGCCAGCCUUAAGGACAUCUGCUUUGCUCCCCUGAAUCCCAGCAACCCAUCACUGACGGACUGUGCAGUUAACAGCCUACCACAGUACUUCCAGAAUAGCCUGAACAACCUGAACGCCAAAGUAAACAUGACCGAGCUGGGGGUAACCCAGGAGGUGGACUGGAGGGACCAUUUCAUUUAUUGUGUUAACUCCCCACUGUCUUUCAAAGACAUCACAGACCUGGGCUUGAGCUGCAUGGCGGACUACGGAGGCCCUGUCUUCCCUUUCCUGGCUGUGGGAGGAUAUGAGAACGAGGAGUACACUACUGCUGAGGCUCUGAUUAUGACCUUUUCUCUGAACAACUACCCACGGGGCACCGUCAAGUUCAAAUUGGUGGAGAAGUGGGAGCAGAUGUUCCUGGACAUUGUGAGGAAAUACCAAAUGGACCCAUCCACCAACUUCACAUUCGCCUACAUGGCAGAGAGAUCACUGGAAGAUGAGAUCAACCGGACGACUGCAGAGGACAUCCCCAUCUUCAUGAUCAGCUAUGCUGUGAUCUUUGUGUACAUAGCUGUGGCCUUGGGGGAGUACUCAUCCUUUAAACGCAUACUGGUGGACUCUAAGUUUCUGGUGGGUCUGGGUGGGAUUCUGGUGGUGGGCUGCUCGGUCCUGGCUUCCAUGGGCUUCUACGCCUGGAUCGGAAUCCCCUCCUCACUGGUCAUCCUGCAGGUGGUGCCCUUCCUUGUCCUGGCUGUUGGCGCUGACAACAUCUUUAUUUUCGUGCUGGAGUAUCAGAGGGACAAGCGGAGACCAGGGGAGAGGAGGGAGGAACAGAUUGGCCGAGUUUUAGGCAACGUCGCUCCCAGCAUGCUCCUGUGCAGCCUCUCUGAGUCCAUCUGCUUCUUCCUGGGGGCUCUGAGCACCAUGCCAGCAGUGAAGUCCUUCGCCCUGUACGCUGCGCUGGCUGUGCUGAUGGACUUCAUGCUGCAGAUGACCGCCUUCGUGGCCCUGCUGUCGCUGGACAGCCGCAGGCAGGACGCCAACCGCUGCGAGCUGGCCUGCUGCGUCACUGUGUCCACCCCUCCCCCCUCCAAACCAAACCAGGGCUUCCUGCUGCCUGCCAUGAAGCAUUACUAUGCCCCCACCCUGCUGCACCCUGUCACCAGGAUUGUCGUGAUGUUUGUGUUUCUCUUCAUGUUCUGUGCAUCAGUCUUCCUGAUGUUCCAUGUGACUGUCGGUCUGGAUCAGGAGUUGGCCCUGCCCAAGGAUUCUUACAUGCUGCAAUAUUUCAAGUACCUGAACAAGUACUUUGAAGUCGGUGUCCCCACGUACUUCGUCACCACACACGGCUUCAACUUCACCACAGUGGAGGGCAUGAAUGCCGUGUGUUCCAGUGUAGGCUGUGACCCCUUCUCACUCACACAAAAGAUACAGUACGCCACAGAGUACCCUGAACUGUCCUACCUGGAAAUCCCAGCAUCCUCUUGGGUGGAUGACUUCAUUGAUUGGCUCAACCCUGGAUCCAAAUGCUGCCGGCUCUAUUCUUUUGGACCCAAUAAAGGGCAGUUCUGUCCUGCCAGUGAACCUGCAACAAAAUGCUUAAGUAGAUGCAUGAGUACUCCACCCAAUGGGGUCCUGAGACCGAACCUAUCGGAAUUCAAUAAGUUCUUGCCCAGCUUCCUGUCCAACCGGCCUGACCUGCAGUGCCCUAAGGGAGGUCUGGGAGCCUACGACAAAGCAGUGGUGAUGGAUGAGAGUGGAGAGAUAAUAGCCUCACGCUUCAUGGCGUACCACACGCCUCUCACCACCUCCCAGGAGUUCACGGAGGCCCUGAGAGAGGCGCGGGAGCUGGCCGCCAACAUCACCCGCAGCAUGAGGCAGAUCCCCGGCACUGCGCCUGACUUCGAGGUCUUCCCAUACACGAUACCAUACGUGUUUUACGAGCAGUACCUGACCAUCGUGCCGGAGGGCCUCUUCAACAUCUCCCUGUGCCUCCUGCCCACCUUUGUGGUGUGCUGCAUCUUGCUGGGCAUGGACCUCCGCUCUGGCCUGCUCAACCUGCUAACCAUCAUCAUGAUCACCGUGGACACCGUGGGAGUCAUGACCCUGUGGGGCAUUGACUACAACGCUGUGUCCCUCAUCAACCUGGUGACGGCUGUGGGGAUCUCGGUGGAGUUUGUGUCACAUCUCACCCGCUCCUUCGCCCUCAGUACCUUGCCCACUCGCGUGGACAGAGCCAAAGAGGCAACCGCCAACAUGGGCAGUGCAGUGUUUGCUGGUGUCGCCAUGACGAACCUGCCAGGGAUCGUGGUGCUGGCUUUCGCCAAGGCACAGCUCAUCCAGAUCUUCUUCUUCCGACUGAACCUGGUCAUUACGCUGCUCGGGAUGGUGCAUGGCCUCAUCUUCCUACCUGUGCUGCUAAGCUUCUUCGGACCUGGUGUGAACAAGGCCGUGCUUCUGAAGCAGCAGAAGAAAGCACAGGAGGAAACUUCUGGAGUCAAACACAUCUAUGAAAACAUGAGCUUUGACGACAAUGAGUAUCCCAGAUAUACCCCACACCCACCAAGGACAGACUCAACAGGAUCUGUUGUGACGAUCACAAACUUCUAAGUGGCAUUAACGAGAAGUUUUUUUUUAAUUGUUCAAGUGCACAUACCUCCAUAACUUUAUUCAGACACUCUGCCCGAGACAUGGACCAGGGCAAUGGCUUUCAGCAGCUGCAGGACUGUAGCCACAGCACACCACAGUGCAAGAAUCAAUGCAAUAUGACCAGAGGCCCAAAGGCAUGCACAGAUAUAUGCCCAAAACCGAAAUGAGAGGGGUCAAGUGAUCUGAUUGCAAGAGAUGGCCAUCAUUACUGUAUUUUAGUCACAUGUUAUCUUUUUCAUUCUUUUCUGUUGGCAAUAUAAAGGUAAGGUAUUCAAACAGAAUUAAAAUGGGAAUAUACUACAAUUACUAAUUUUAUACUGCAAAAGGUUUUAAUAUGUUAGCUGAAUGUAUGUUUAUUUAAUGUUGUACCUAUCCAUGUUUCAUCUCGCUGGGUUUUAAAGGGAUGAUAUUUUUCAUGGUUAAGUUUGAAUGUAAAGCAAAGCCUACAGGACAACACUCCAGUUCACACAGGUUAUGAAAAAAAAUUAAAUGCAAUUGCCUUUGUGAAACAGAGCCCUUUCUAAAUGGCAGUAUUGUGUAAAUGUACAAGUGAUUUA